GCCACCGCGAGCACCGCGACGACAGCACCAUGGCGGUCGUCACCACCAGGACCCUGCAGCAGCUCUUCGCCGUGGCCGUGCUCGCCGUGCUGGCCGUGGGCCGAGGCCGCGCCGCCGCGCCCGCCGCCAGGCCCAACAUCGUCCUCAUGAUCGCCGACGACUUGGGCUACAACGACGUGAGCUUCCGCGGCUCCAACCAGAUCCAGACGCCCAACAUCGACGCGCUGGCCUACAGCGGCGUGGUGCUCAACCACCACUACGUGCUGCCCACCUGCACGCCGUCGCGCACCGCCAUCCUCACGGGGCAGUACCCCAUCCGCACGGGCAUGCAGGGCUACCCGCUCAAGGCGGGCGAGGCGCGCGGGCUGCCUCUCAAGUUCCGCACGCUGCCCGAGCGGCUGGCCGCGCUGGGCUACCGCACCAACCUGGUGGGCAAGUGGCACCAGGGCUUCCACUACGCGGACUACACGCCCACGCGCAGGGGCUUCCACCACCACCUGGGCUACUGGAACGGCUACAUGAGCUACUUCAGUCACGUGGUGCACAUGGACUCGCCGCACGGCCUGGAGGAGGGCCGCUUCGGCUACGACCUGCACUGGAACGAGAAGCCGGCGCGCCACUACCAGGGCCGCUACGCCACGCACCUGUUCACGGAGCGCGCCGAGAACAUCAUCCGCGACCACGAGCCGGCCGACGGGCCGCUGUACCUGCAGCUGGCGCACCUGGCGGCGCACGCCGGCCUCAACGGCACCGAGCUCGAGGUGCCCGACGAGGCCGCCAACGACCGCCGGCACGGCUACAUCCAGGACAGCCACCGUCGCCACCUCGCGGGCGUGAUCCGCGAGAUGGACCUCUCCGUCGGGCGGGUGGUGCGCGCGCUGGAGCAGCGCGGCAUGCUCAACAACACCAUCAUCGUCCUGAUGGCGGACAACGGCGGGGAGACCCUUGGCAUCCACAGCAACCACGCCUCCAACUGGCCGCUCAGAGGGCAAAAGUGGACGUUGUUCGAAGGCGGCGUUCGCGGCGCGGCCGUCGUGUGGAGCCCCAAGCUGGCCAAGCCGGGCAGCAUCCACGAGGGCAUGGUGCACGUCACGGACUGGCUGCCGACGUUCUACCAGGCUGCCGGCGGCGACCUGGACGACCUCGGCAAGAUUGACGGCAUCAGCCAGUGGGACAGCCUGACGCAGCCCGCGGCGCGCUUCCCCCGCAACGAGGUGCUCGUCAACAUCGACGAGGGCGCCGCCCUCAUCCAGGGCGACUUGAAGCUGGUCAAGGGCGAGCAGUACCGGGACCUCAGCGGCUACCUCGGCGUGGCGGGCCGCGAGGCGGUCAACCCCGCGUACGACGUGGACGCCGUGCUGCAGAGCGAGGCCGCGGCGGCGCUGGGCUCGUGCACGCCGCCGCUGACGGCCGCGCUGGUGCGCCGCUUGAGGGCGGAGGCGAGCGCGCCGCGGCUGGGCGUGGAGGCGGAGGCGUGCCGGGAGGGCGGCGCGGCGCUCAACCUCACCUGCUCGCCGUACUGCCUGUUCGACCUGCGCGCCGACCCCUGCGAGGCCCGCGACGUGCGCGCGCUGCACCGCGGCCAGGGCGACCUCAUGCUGCGCCGCCUGGCCGAGUGGGAGGCGCUCACCGUGCCGCAGCUCAACAAGGACGUGGACGAGGCGGCCGACCCGCGGCGCCACAACAUGACCUGGGUGUCCUGGAUGGACAGGUCCUCGUCGGCCAGGCCGCUGCCCGCCCUGCUCGCCGCCCUGCUCAUCCCCGUGCUGGCGGGCGCCCGCGCGGCGUAGUGCUUUACCUGGGCGGCGCGGUCCGGCAGGAUGGCGGAGUACCGCUCGUCGUAGAAGCGAGGGUUCUGGUCGUCCGCGUCCACCACCUGCACGUACAGCGUCGUGUCCGAGAACUGCGGCGGCGUCCCUUGGUCCUGCGAGCAGAUUGCCGUUGGUUGAGAACAGAAAGUGCCAUCGGAGCCAUCCCAAGACGUCUGUCCCGGUGGUUUACCUGAGCUCGGAGGUUGACCGUGAAGUUGGACAGGGUCUCGUAGUCCAGCGGCUUCCUCAGCGCGAGCGUGCCUUCCAGGGCGUUGACGAACAUGAAGUAGUCCUAGAAAACGAAGGGUCAAAUCAGCGGCAGUAUUCCCACUUUUCGAAUUGCGGGGCUAGUCCUCUAAGGCUACCUUCCCUAAGGGCUAACCCCUCCCGGAGGGCUACCGGUACCUCAAGGAUCUCCUUCUUGCUGUUGACGAAGACAGGCUGCGUGGAAAAUACGUGCCAGAAAUGAGAUGCAGACACAGCAAACACACACUCGCACCACAGCCGGGGCAAUAAAGACUCCGCCUAUCUCGAUAGCCGUGUUUGUGAUAAGCCCCUGGGGAUUCGCCCUCCCCGCUUUGACGAGGCGGCCACGCACUGUCUGCGUUCCCAGGGGGAAAAAAAGGGAGAUUAUUUUUUCUCACGGCAACACUCAUUUCAUUGGAAACGAAUGGCGACAGGCAAUCUAGUCAUCCCGCUUGAGGAGUGGGCAGCUCCCCGACCAUCGUACAUUCUUAAACAUUUUGCCAUGAGGUAAAUGCCAAUCCGAACAAAUCAAAGGACCUGCCUUCUCCUUGCCCUUGUCCACAAAUCAUCAAUCGUGUAAAUAAUCGCCUAAAUGUCAUUGUAAAUAACUGUGAAUAGCUGUGAAUAAGCGCCAGUGAAUCGAAGUAAAUAGAAAUUUAUUUUUUUCCC